GGGCCUCCCACACUGUUAAGACUGGAUAUAAACUUUCAGGGUCCAUGAUCGAAAGGCAUAUUAUGGAUCUUCUGGUUCGAAAAGGGAUCGAUCGGAAACCCCCAAGCAUCGAGUUCUUGGAAACUGCUUUUUCAAUGUUCGAGCCAUGUGUAUUGGCAUUCAUGAUAGAGCUGUACAAGGGCCUUAUCGAAAUUAACACGGAAUUGGUCUCUUACUCGCUUGAUGGGGCAGAUUUUCGUGAGAUCCAGAAAAUACUCACAGCAAAAGGCCUUGUGAGCGAUGUUAAUGCAAAGUCGACCAUUCACAAACUGCCUGAUAAAGCCGACCAUCAUUGCGGUGAAACCGACUCUAUAGAUUCGAUGUCUGAAAAAAGCGAAGAAUCUUGCGCUGAUAUUACUCUCACGGCGGAAAUGGUUCAGUCUGCGACUAACAUGAAGAGACAAGAUGGCCACGAAACUCGCAUAUACUCACUCCUGGGCCAACAGACCCGCACGGUCAUAGUAACAGCCGAAGCUAUUCCUGCAAUAAUCAAGUACGAUGACCUGAGCACGAUAAAACUCCUGGUGUCGGGGAAUAAUAACAUCGUCAUUCCUUCAGUGCUGCAGUUUUCAUUGAGCAACACGAGGGUCGAGGACAUACAACACGCUUCUUUUCAAUCCGAGAUCGCCGUCACGGACCAUAUCAUAUGUGCCGCGAUCGAGAAUACCCGCGAUCAAAAUCUGGCUAUUUUGGGAUUUCUGUUUGUUCUUUUUGGCUGUCCGACUAUCAUAUCCAACAGAGUCUUAGUAGCUGCUGCUAGUCUAGAACACAACCCCACAAACGUUCUUGAGUUUUUACUUUGUUGCAACCAAGGCGAGAUUGACGGACUUGAGUCAAUCGCCGUCGCUGCAGCAGGAAACCACACUGAUGGAGAUCACCUUCUUAUGCUUCUUUUUGAUCAUUUUGGAGAUGAGAUCCAACUCUCCGAGCGUUUGCUCGUCGCUGCUGCGGAGAACGAGAAUACCAAACAUGCUCUAUUACAAUGUCUUUCGUCGCCGAAUUGCCAAGUGACACCGAAGGUACUUGCUGCUGCUGCAUGUAAUACUGUUUUUGUAGUGGAAAUGAUGAAGAUGUUGUUGCAACGGUUUCAAACGCCAAUCACAGAAAGUGUGUUGAUUGAAGCUGCUCGCAGUGGAUGCCUAGGCGAUAAACUUCUUGAUCUGUUUCUCGAAGAAAGGAGAUACGAGUUUCGAUUGACUGAGAAGGUUAUCGAAGGAUUCAUAAAAAGGACAGCAUAUUGCAAUGAUUGCACAGGACAUUCCAGGGUCCCAGAGACUUUUCUUGAUCCAUCCUACUACGUCGAUCCAUACUCUGUUCAAACUGCUGCAAUUCUGUCCAAGUCACUUUCCUACUCACAGUUCAAUGUUUUCCUAUCCAAUUAUCAACUUGUCAACCCACAGGACUUGGCUUUAGAGCUUGCUCAGGAAUGCAACGAUGUCACUCUACGAAUGAUUCUCGAACGAUAUGGCUUCAAAAUUUCCAUGUCAGAGGCUUUGUUGAAAAGAGCAGCCCGGAAUACGCAUUCGAGAACAAAUAUUCUCAAAGUCUUCAUUUUUUCCGGGGAGAAUAUAGGGCAAGUCGCGGAAAUUACUCCCGACGUGGUAGCUGCUGCUGCGGAAAACCCAAAGUACGGAUACGAGUCUGUCCAGCUGCUGCGAACACGAUGCUCAGAAGCUCCAUUUGUCGACUCGAAGACAAUAUUGGCCGCUGUUUCUAAUCAAGCAGAAUUCUCUCUUAGACUGCUCAGGCUACUUUUUCGAUGCUCCCAGUGUUCUCUUCCGAUCACCACCGAACUCCUCUCCACUGCUGCCAAAAACUCUAAGCAUGGAACGGAGAUGUUGCGACUCCUUCUGUCUCGCCUUGAAAAACAAGGGGAUGAUCAGAUCAACUUUGAAGAUGUCCUGAAAGUUGCAGCUGCCAAUACCACAGUCAGCGAAGGAUGGGCGGAUUUCAGUUACAUCUGGCAUUCCCCUCUGGGGCUGCUCAUCCGCAAAAAACGUGAUAGGAUAACAAUCACCGAAAGCGUUUUAACUGCAGCUGCAGCAAAUUCUGAAAAUGGGAAACGCUGUUUUCUUCUCCUAAUGAAAUACGCUGGAGAAGGAUUUGCAAUCACCGAGAACGUUGUUUGUGCGGCCGCUAGGAAUCCGGAACAGUGGCUUGACAUCUUAACGAUUAUUCUUGAUCAUCCAACAUACCAAGACGUUGAUGUAUCAGAAAAGGUUCUUACAGCAGCAGUAGGAAAUGAUGGUUUGUUUACUCGGGAUAAAAUUAUCAAGCUUUUGCUCAGUCACCACAGUGCGUCGCUUCCAAUUUCAGGACGCGUGGUUCUAGCUGUAGCUGAAAAUCCGUGUUACAGCAAGGAAAUUAUGGAAAUGCUUUUGAAGCAAUACCAAGGUCCUAUCUGCAUUUCGAACGACACAUUACAAAAGGUGUCAGCAGAAUUGGGAGGCUCCAUUUGUCGAAAGCUGCAGGCGCGUCAAGUCCAUCCACAAGCCCCCGAGAGCAUGGAAUGGCACGUUCUGUGGCGGCUGUUCAUUCUUUUUGUAUCUUGUUAUAUAUGGCCUCUUUUCCAUUGGGAUACCACCAGAGAUGUUGGAUGAACUGGUUUGACAGCAAAAUGACGGAACAGCUUGUUCUGGAAACAAACUGCCCUAUGGAACAGUAGGGUGACUUUGUGCCUUCAGUGUAACUUGGCCAAUGAAACUGAUGGAACUCCUAAAGUUUGACAGGCAGCAUAAAACAGUGAUUCCUACCAGCAGUGAU